AUGGACCGUAUAUACUAGGAAGUCUGAUUACAUGUAGAUUUGACUUUUUUGUUUCCUCUUGGCAUUGUAAAUAGCUAGCUGUUAAAGCAUAUUUUUGAAAUACAUACGCAUAUCAGAAGUCCUGUGCUGAUAGUUAUGUCUCAAGAUCCGUGGUUACAGAAUUAUGAUGCCACUUGCCGUCUCGCUCAGGAAAUUGCGGAAAAUGUUCAUGAGAGGAAUAGGGAGCUGAGAACUGGCGGGAAUCCCGCAAAGCUCAAUAUGACCCUGAGGGCAUCUCUCCAGAGGCUGAAGCAGCAUGUAGCCCAGCUGAGAGAGACCCUUCUCAGGGCUGCAUCCUCACGACGCAUAAUGCAGGCGGAAGCGGACAGAAGGCAGAACCUUGUGGAUGAUCUUGUCACGAGGGAGAAGCAGCUCAACGCAAUGUUCAGGGGUGAUGUCACAGAGCCAGAGUCUUCAAGGUCCACCCUGAUGACGGGGGGAGGGGCGCAGGGGGCCCCGGCCAACCCCUGGCUGAUCGAGGAGCCCGAGGAGACGCGGGGGCUGGGCUUCGGCGAGAUCAAGCAGCAGCAGAAGCGCAUCAUCGAAGAGCAGGACGCUGGUCUGGAGGCCCUGUCUGCUGUCAUCAGCCGGCAGAAACACAUGGGCCAGGAGAUCGGCAACGAGCUGGAGGAGCAGAACGAAAUCAUCGACGACCUGGCGCACCUGGUGGACAAGACGGACGACAGGAUCCGCAACGAGACGAGAAGGGUUAAAAUCGUGGAGACGAAGUCGGCUAACUGCGGAAUGCUGGUGGUGAUUGUGCUACUGCUGAUUGCCAUUGUGGUGGUGGCUGUAUGGCCCACCGGCUAGUGCGGAGGACCGUACCAACAGGGCGGGGUGGGGGGUGGCAUGCCAUUUGACUGCCAUAGAGACUACUGUGAAGACAUGGAACAGAAUGACCCCUCCACCCCAACUAUCCACAUCUCUUUACCCUCCCUCCCUCCAUCUCUCCCUCCAUCCCUCCUUCUGGCACUUUGUAUCCCCCUCCCAAUUGACUCAUGAAAGUGAAGGAAUCUGCAGCUGGGCAAACAAAAUGGUGGCGUGAAGCUGCUAUGGGAAACCAGCAUCGAUUGAACUGGGGAAGUGGGGGGUAUGGGCUGGUGACCCCAUGACCUUGUUUCGAAACACCUUUUCUCUCUGUAAAAUGCUCCUGAAUUCCAUUGUCAGGAUCAUAUUUGAUCACAAACCCUCUUCCGAAAUUAUGUCUGCCCCCAACAGUGUGGGUGUGUGGGGGUAAUACCACUUUAGCAAUAUUCACAAAUACUUACUCAGCAGUUGCCAUAAGUUAUUGUCUGUCUUGAAUUUUAUAUUGUUUGUAGUGCGAAAACCAGUAAAUAAUUAUGUUUCUGUGUUGCUAACUUAACUUUUACUUUACGUUGUAUUUUCAUAAUGGCUGUAACAUCUAAUAAAUGACAUUUACAGUACAUGCA